AUGGCUGAGGAAUUACAAGCUAUGGAGAAUAACCACACAUGGAAGGUGGUUCCGCUUCCGAUCGAAAAACAUUGUAUUAGUUGUCGAUGGGUGUAUAAGGUGAAGCACAAGCAAGAUGGGUCAGUUGAUAGAUGCAAAGCUCGUUUGGUUGCUAGAGGAAACACUCAACAAGCUGGUGUAGACUAUAAGGAUACUUUUUCAUCCGUUGCCAAACUCACCACUCUAGACAUUAAUAAUGCCUUCUUGAAUGUUGAUCUUGAUGAGGAGGUGCUUCGAGGCAAUGGUUUACUAAGUUCUCCACUGCUUUGCUUGGUGCUAGUUUCACUCAGUCCAAAUAAGAUUAUUCUCUAUUUCAUAGAGGAACAGGUGCUUGGCCCCUUAAAGUAUUUCCUUAGAUUGGAGAUAGUAAAAUCUAAGGAAGGCAUUUGUUUGUCUCAACGAAAUUACACCCUUUCUUUGCUUGAAGACACUGGUUUUUCGGAUUGUAAACCUACCUCUGUACCCUUGGAUCCAAACAUAAAAUUUACUGCCACUGAUGGGGAUUUGCUCGAGGAUGCGGGACAAUAUAAAAGGUUGAUUGGCAGGUUGCUUUACCUCACUAUUUCAAGACCCGAUAUUUGCUUUGCUGUGAACAAGCUGAGCCAAUACAUGUCUUCUCCUUGCACUACCCAUUUGGAUGCUGUCUAUCAUGUUUUGAGAUAUUUGAAGGCUGCACCUGGGCAGGGCUUGCUUCUUUCGAUUUCUUCCCCUUUAUCGGUCAAGGCAUAUGGGGAUGUUGAUUGGGGAAGCUGUGCUGAAACCAGACGAUCCACUACUGACUAUUACGUCUUCCUUAGCGAUUCUCUAAUCUCAUGGAAGUCGAAGAAAAAAGACACCGUUUCAAGGUCCACGACUGAAGCAGAGUAUCAAGCACUUGCCAAUAUCACUGCUGAAGUUGUGUGGAUUAUGAGGCUGUUUUAG